CCGAAGAAGAGAGAAAGGGGCAUGCUAAUCCCCAGGCUGAGGUGGGUCCGGCAUCUCCCCAUUGCUUCCUCCAUCUUGAUGCUACUUCUCAGCGUCUUCUGGGGGACUGGAAUUGGAGACCAUUUCGUCUUAUCACCCAGCUUGCUAAGCAGCCCUCUGCAAGCCUUCCGCCUAGUCACGUACUGCCUGGGCCACGCCAACGCCUCUCUCCUGGCCGCCAGCUUGCUCUUCUUCCCACCACUGAGCUGGCGCCUUGAGCUGCACCAAGGGACCCUCUGCUACCUCCGUACCACUGCGCUCUCUGCUGCCGGCUCAGCCCUGGUCUACCUGUUCCUGGCUGGACUCUGGGGCGUCGAAGCCCAGACCACCAUCAGCGGCUACAUCCCUGUCCACCUGGCUCUGCUGGGGUGCCACGGAAGGCGCUCAGGGUGGCUGCCCGUGGCCCUGUUGGCUGGAUUGCUGUUCGGCCUUGGGGAGAUCCUGUCCCCACGUUCUCCCUUCCUCCUGCACCUCUCUGGGCUGCUGACAGGUCUGGCCUACUGUGCUGGGACAUCGUCCAGGAGACGCCUGGAAAGGCUGCAAGGGUGGAUCCCGGGCUGCAGCCACCUCAGAAGGACUUUUUCUCACUUAAUCAGGCCCUCCACAUCCGGCAGCCUUCCAUUUACAGUCAAGAAGGAAAGAAUUCCUGCUCAGGAGAUGUUUCCACCCGACGUGGCAGGGACAGUUGCUGUCCAGAUUCUGUCUCCUCCUCCAUCUUGGGCUGAUGAAAGGGUAGCCCAGGAGUCCCAGCUGCUGUUUCCCCCUACGUCCCAGCACCCCUUCUCAGACCCCCGAGAGGCUUUGGGCGCCCCUUUCUUUUCUCUCCCGGAUUUCCUGACGGAGGAAGAGCUAAUACAAGCAGGAAUCCGGGCUUCCCUGCAAGACAGAAAUGAAGAGGAAGUGAAGCUGCCCAAAUCUUCUGUUUCUUCCCUCCGGCUCCAGCAGCUGCAGAAGAUGGGCUUCCCAACGGAAGAGGCCGUGAUCGCUCUGGCGGCCACCAGCCACGUGGAAGGAGCCGUCUCUCUACUGAUUGGAGGCCACGUCGGGGACAAAGCCGUGGUGAUGGCCGAGAACCGCUCGGGGCCUCCCACACAGCCUCAGUCAGCCCCCAACCCGUGAGAUUGACUGCUGGCAUUUGGGCAGAACUUCGGCCAUA